AAAUGGCGUCCGAUAUUAAAACACACACAUCAAAACUGUUCAUUUUUUCCGAUUUACAAUUUUUAAUUUAAUUGACUUUUUUGUAAACAAGUUUUAUUGACAGUUUAUAUAUUGUAAAAUGAUUUAUGUACAAUCAAUAUGAUGGAUGAAAGUUGUUGUGAUUGUAAUUGUUGUGAACCGGACGAUUCUUACCGGCCCUUUUUAAAAGAGUGAUUGUGGUGUCACCAAGAAGUGUGUGUGUGUGAAAGGUUUGUUUUAUUGUAAAAUAUUAUUAAAGAGAAUUUAUUUUCAAGUGAUUAAACAUCAAUCAAGUGAUUAUCAGCCCUAUCCUCUUCAUAUUGGAACUACAUGAGUCCUAAUGGAAAAUCAUAUGGUCUUCUGUUCAGUUAAGGAUGAAUUCCUCUUGUCCCAAGAUUUAUGUGUUAUCUGUGGAAGCUUGGGUAAAGGUGAAGAAGGAUGGUUAAUCAUAUGUUCUCAGUGUGGUCAGUGUUAUCAUCCUUAUUGUGCUAAUAUUAAAGUAACAAAAGUUAUAUUAAGUAAAGGUUGGAGGUGCCUUGAAUGUACUGUAUGUGAAGGCUGUGGUAAAGCCAACGACGAGGGUAAGCUAUUAUUGUGUGAUGAAUGUGACAUAAGCUAUCAUACAUAUUGCCUCGAUCCACCUUUGGAUGAUAUACCAGUCGGGACAUGGAAGUGUAAAUGGUGUGUAGUGUGUAUUAAAUGUGGAUCCAUAUCUCCUGGAAUUAAUUCAUUGUGGCAAAAAAAUUACACCGAAUGUGGCCCUUGUAGUAGUCAGACUUCUUGUCCUGUGUGCUACGCUGAUUAUGUAGAAAAUGAUCUCAUAAUUCAGUGUAUCCAUUGUAAACGGUGGUUACAUUCAAAAUGUGAUGGGAUGAGCAAUGAAGAUGAUUGCGAAGGAGCAGCAGAUUUUGGUUAUAAAUGUAUAUUAUGUCGUCCUAAAGAUGAACCAUCCGCUCAUUUGCAAGCUCUUAAACUCAAUGCAAUGCCAACGAAAAGACAAAGAGCUUUAAGUAUUGAAGGUAGCCUAGGAGGGACUGGCAAUGUUUCACGUGCAUCUCCGUUAGUCUCGCCUCGUUCUUCUGUUGAUUCCGUCUCUGGUAAACUAGCCAGUUCUUUAGAUAAUAAUAGUGGGUCCAUGCAGUUUCUUGUCAAUGGAAAUGUUUCAUCUAAUGCAAUUAAAGAUGCAUCUUGUACAGGUCGAGAUUCGGUACCAAAUGUUAAUGCAUCAUCGACUUUUUCUUCUCAAACUUCUCUGGUGCCUUCUUCAGAAUCCUUUGCAAAUUCAUCAGCUUUAAAGUCAAAUCACAAUAAAUAUCAAAGUCAGUUCCAUCUGGAUGGUGUAACGCUGUCUGAAGGCGGUAUGUCGCUUAUAAAAUCUCUUCAGUUGGACCCUCCUAAAAGACCGCGUGCAAAGAGAACGAGUAAAGUUAAUCUUUUACCUAGUGGAGAAAUAGACGAUACAAGGGAUGAAGAUAAUGAAGAUUUCAAGACGGAGGACGGAUCUUCCAAGACUGAUUCAUUAGAUGCUAGUGAAAAGAAGAAAAAGCAGAGAAAGAUACAACGUCUCGGAAUCGGAGGUUUCUGUGUUAAAAAUCGCACUCGUUGGAGUAAAGACGAAGAUGGCGACGCAAUAGAGAAUGCUCCAAGUGAGCUUGAUCCAAAUAUACAGAACGAAAAACCAAAAAGACGAAGAAGAAUGAAGAAAAAGAGUCAAUUACUUGAUAGUUUCCCUUCCUAUUUACAAGAAGCCUUUUUUGGUAAGGGUCUGCUUGAAUCAAGUAAAGAAUCUUCAAAUAUGUCAGGCCAAAAUAACUCGGUGCCAGAUUCAAAUGUGAACUUUAAACAUCCCCCAAGUAUAGAUGAGAGUUCAUCGUUUUUGAAUAGAAUUACAAAUGAGCAAACGGUCACUUUCAAUCACUCUGAUACUCCUAUCGCUAAGUCACCAUUCACAAAAGUAAAGUUAAGUGAAACUAGGAAAUCCUCGGAUGAUGCAUCCACUUCUGUCACUAUGGACGAUGAUGAUUUGAAUGGCUUGUUGCCUCAAGAUCUUCCGCAAGAUGAAGAGCUGAUGAAUAUCCUUUAUGAUGACGAUCUUGACAAAAACGACGAAGUUCUAGGCAAUUCACCUACUGUAGAUAAAUCAAUUAAUGACGCUAAAGAUGGAAUCGACGCAGUCAUUUUAAACACGAAUUUUAAUUUAGAAACUAUUGUUGUGGAUAGUGGUUUACCCCACAUGGAUAGUAAAGAUGUAGAAGAUGUUUUUCAAGGAGUUUUAAGUCCUCAAACAGCCACUGUAAAUGGUCAAAAUCAGGCUGUAGAAGAAUUUCCUUCGUUCACAUCUUUAUUACCUACAAAUAUUAAUAAUUCUGUUAAUAUAGUCAAAGAUGUUCCAGGUCCAAGGCAGCCAGAAAUGGUUGUUCAUCGGUCACCUCAAAUCAAACCACAGCAGCCUUCUCCAGCUCCUCCGUCAUUACCACCACAACAGCAACCGCAACAACAGCAACUACAACAGCAUCAACUACAGCAGCAGCAGCAGCCACAGCCGCAACAACAACUACCCCAACCCCAACAGCAAAUACCACUGCAACAUCAGCAUCCACAGGUCCAACUACAAAAACAAAUGCAAAAACAGACACCCCCUCAUCAACAACAUUCGCAGCAUAUUCGUCCUCAUUCACAUCUACAUCAGCUCCUUCAGUCUCAACCUCAACCCCAGCCUCAACUACAUCAGCAUCAACAAUUUCAUCCCCAUAGGCAUCCGCAUCAAAUACCUCAUCAUAUUUCACCUCAACAACAUCAACAACCACCAACACCACAGCAAAUAUCACCCACCCCAGUGUCAAUCAGGCCUACCUUCAAUCGCGAACCUAUCAGGCUACAAGCAAAUACAUUCCUUCAAACUUCAGGAAGCAGUUCGCCUACUGUUGAACCAUUUUCUCCGAGAACACCUUUCCCCGACUCUCAACCUCAACAACAGCCUCCACCAGCAUCUCCUCAACAGCUUCCUGUGCCACCUCCAACAAAAGCUCAAGCUCCUAAUGAUGAAGAUCAAAAAAUUAUCAAAUUUGAGGAAGAAGAAGCGCUAGGAUUAAAUUCAACUAUCUCGGCAAUAUUAUAUUGCAACAUGACUUAUCCUAAUCUUAAAAGAGAUAUACCUGACAUUAGUGAACGGUGCAAACAAGCAAACAAAUAUUGGCGCCAACUUUCGGAUGAUGCUAGAGCUCCAUUUCGCCAAAAGGCCAAAGAAAAUCGCCAAAAUCGAGCACAAAAGGCUCAACAAGAACAAAAUAAAGGGAGCUACAAAGAUAAUAGGUCGAAUACCCGUCGUGAAAGUGACCAAGAAAUGCAAUGGAAACAAGUGCAACAAAUGCAAAAGCAGCAACAAAUGCAAGAGCAUCAACUUCUGCAAGAGCAGAGGCAGCAAUCUUUAUUGAAUGUACAGCAACAAACACAAGGACCAUUUGAUAGUGAUCACAAGUCGAAUAGUUUCGGUAGUGAAAGUCAAGAGAAUAACCCAGUAUAUAUGCCUCAGAAUUCAAAUGAAGUAGAGAAUAAUCAACAAUUCUGUUUUUCUGGGGUAGACGAAUCGUUUGCUCAACAGCACGAUUCAAAUUCAGCCCCAACAACACCAAUAAAUGAUUCCUCUAGUAUAAUAAGACCAACAACGUUAACAGCCUCUAGUCCGAUGAUUGGACAGCAUCAAAGACUGCCUUUAACUGGACCUCAAAAAAGUCCAUUAAUUGUAUCUCGGGUUAGACCCCCAAUAGACCCUAAUAGAAUUGCUUUUCCAAGUGGACCGUCCCAUUCUGAGGGUUAUCGACCACCGAUGAUUCAACAUGUUCAGUCAGGAGUAGCUCAACAGCAGCCCCAACAGCAACAACAAAUGCAGCAGCAAUCACAGCAGCAACAACAGCACCAACAACAUCAACAGCACCAAUUACAGCAACAGUCACAGCAUCAGCAACAACAGCUUCAACAGCAACAACAGCAUCAACAGCAACAACAGCAACAACAACAGCAACAACAACAACAACAGCAACAGCAACAGCAAAUUCAACAGCAGCAACUUCAACAACAGCACCAUCAACAGCACCAGCACCAACAGCAACAACAACCACCGCAACCGCAACAACAGCAACAACAACAACUGCAAUCUAACUAUGAAACAAUGCCAGCUGAUGAAUUUAGAAGAUGGUCCCCACCAGGAACUGUUAAAAAUCCAGGUUAUCAUGUUUUCAGGCAUCCUGGCGAACCUCGAAUGCAUCAAUUUCAACCUCACUUGCAUUCUCAGCAACAACUUCAUCAACAGCAAAUGAUUCGUGGUAAACCACAACAACAACCGCCUUGGAAUAGAAUGCAAAGACCACAGAUGGGUCCAUUAUCCCCACAUCAAAUGCAAAUGCAAAGAAUGCAAUUAAUACAGGGAAUGAAACGGACUCCUACUCCUUUCCAACCACCUAGUUCGCCUUCAUCUCCUCAGCUAACUAUGCGGCCAAAUCAAACUCAGUCUCCUCAAACUGAACAUUUCAAUUUUAAUCAACCUAACAGCAGUUCGACCCCAUCUCCUGGACACUCAGUUCCAAGUCCCCAAUUCGCUUCAAAUCGAUCAACUUCGAGUCCUCAAUUUGCUUCAAAUCAAGCAACCGUCUCAUCUCUUAAUCAGCAAUCUCAAAACAGUGCCAAUAUCAGUACCAAUCCUGAAGAGGUCGAGUCUAUUGAAAAAGUUGUUGGAGCUCAAACUACUGUUGCUACCACAAGUCAGAGUGACUCGCACAUCAUCAAAUCCCCCUCUAAACCAGAGGAAGAUGUUAAAACUCCAUUUUCAAUUGAGCUAGUCAAACAUGUGCAAGAAUCUGUUUUGAAUGAAGAAGAUGCCACCCCAGAUGAUCUAGAUGAUGAUGAAUUAUUGGGCUUAGGCAACGAUUUUAAUAUAUUAGAGUAUGCUGAUCCAGAACUUCAUCAAAUGCUUGAUGGAGCAACUGGAAGUAAAAAUAAUAUUCUUGAUGCGCAUUUUGAUGAAAUCUGUGAUAAAGACGAGGAUGGUGAGAAGGCGAAAGUGGACAACGAAGAGCAUAAAGGGUUAGGCAAAUUUGAUCCACACGAAAAGGAAUCGGAGAACAAAAAGGCCUCAAAUGAUACGAGUGUAUCAAUUAGUGGAACUUUAAUCAAACAAGAGCCAUUAAAGUCACUAGAUACUUCUUUGGUAGUGAUUCCUCAUACAUCUUCGCUGAGUUCCAACAUGCAUCCACCGCCCCCUCCAUAUCCAGGAACUCCGACUAAUGACGUUAAAUUUCCACUCCCUCCACCUUAUCCCACCACCACUACACCACAAUCUCAUGUGUAUUCGCCUAUGGAAGAGUCUGUACCAUCAAGUGCAAAUUUAAUUCGCCAACCAAUUUCUAAUGUUAGCUCGAUGCCGCCACAACAUACACAACAUAACACACAACCUGGUGAUAGUUUUAUAGGCCAAGGUGAUGCUCUAUUAAGUGAUUUAGAGUUUGAAAGACUUAAAGCUGAAAUUCUGUCUGAUGAUACUUUAUCGACAGUUACAACGGGACCGCUUUUGCAAAAUCCAUUGAUGCCACCAAAUGUUCCACCUUCUCCAUCUGCACCAUCUUAUGGACACCAAGUACCGCAACAACAUUCCUGGCGUGAAACAAAAGAUCCCCGAAUGCCUCAGAUGCAUCCUCAACACCAUCAACUUCCACCUCCACAAGGAGUGGCUACUCAGCAACAUUUUCUAGGACCACGAAUGAAUGCAGCUCAGCGUCAUCCUGUUAUGAUGUUUCAAGCUCCUCCUAGAAUGUCUGGUACUUAUACGCUGCAGCAAAUACCUCCAAGUGGAUCUCACAUGAACCAUAUCCAAGUUGGUCAAACUGGCUUGGUUUCACCAAACUCUAACUUACAAAGUCCAACCUUAAAUCCAUCACAAGCACCUCAUCCUUUUAGUUCAAGUGUAGGGCCAUCCAACCCACCUCAGAUGAAUGUUCAACAACCUAGUGAAAGAUUCCAUGAUAAUCAAUGGGGCAAUCAACAGCAACCAAAAACUCUCGCUGAUAUCCAGAAAAGUUUAGAAGCAGAGAAAGCAAGACUGCUUAAAGCAAAGAAAACCAUUAAUGCUCGCCAACGAGCAAGAAAAAAGAAUGGAUGUGAGUUAUCUGAGUCCGAUCAGGCUGAAUUAGAUAAAAUCAAUAUUGAUCGAGAGAGUUCACAGACACAGCCACAUGCACAGCCUCAGCCUCAGCCUCAGCCUCAGCCUCAGCCUCAGCCUCAGCCUCAGCCUCAGCCGCAGCCACAACAGCAACAUCAGCCACAACAACACGAAGCAAUGCCAGCUGAUGAGUUUAGAAGAUGGUCCCCAUCAGGAACAGUUGAAAAUUCGGGUUAUCAUGUUUUCAGGCAUCCUGGAGAUCCUCGAAUGCAUCAAUUUCAACCUCACUUGCAUUCUCAACAACAACUUCAUCAACAGCAAAUGAUUCGUGGUAAACCACAACAGCCUUGGAAUAGAAUGCAAAGGCCACAAAUGGGUCCAAUGUCUCCCCAUCAAAUGCAACAACAGUCACAGUCACAGCCACAACCACAGCCUCAACCACAGUCCCAGUCGCAACCACAGCUCCAAUCUCAGCAAAUGCCACCCCAGUCGCCGUCACAGCCACAACCAAAGCCACAACCACAGCCACAGUCACAGCCACAACAGCAACCACAACAGCAACCACAACAGCAACCACAACAGCAACCACAACAGCAGCAUCAACAUCAGCAGCAAUCUCAGCCAAUGCCACCACAGUCGCCGUCACAGCAUCUACAAGUCCAACAAUUGCAGCCUAAACAAGAACCACAGUCUCCGCAAAUGCUGAUUCAACAGCAUCAACAACACCAACAACACCAACAACAUCACCAUCAUCAACAGCAGCAACAGCAACAGCAACAACUCAAACAACAGGCUCAGCAACUACCGCAGCAGCAACAGCAGCAAUCCCAGCAAUCGCAACACCACCAACAUCAGCCUCAACAAACACAGCCACAGCAGUCCCAACAAAUACAACCACAACAGUCUCCACAAGCGCAGCCGGUGCAACAGCACCAACAAGGCCAGCAAUUGCAGAAUCAACAGCAGCAACAGCAAUCUCAGCAAUUACAUCAGCAACAGCAACAACAACAGCAGCAGCAACAGCAGCAAAUACUUAAUACGACGACUACAAUCACCGCAUCUGAUUCGAGUGAAGUUGGGGAAUCACGAUCAUUUCAGUUAAAUUUUGCUGAGCAAGGAAGUGGUGUUGAUAAUUAUGCUGUAAAUGAUACUCUUAUUGAACAGAACUCUACUUCAACUGAACAUGGGACUACACAAGAAGGGCAAUCUAGCGAUGGUGUUAACUCAUUGACAGCGAACCCAAAGAAGAAAAUAUCCUCUCUCGAUAUAAGAAAAGCGCAAUUAGAAAGAGAGCCUACACCUCCACCUGAAGAACUUAAGCCUAAAAAGAAAAGGCCUGGAAAACGAAAAGAACCCAAAGUUAGUGAACCAGGGGCUAUACCUAAGAAACGACCACGAAAAUCUUCAUCCAACCGAGCUGAUGAAAGUCAUGAACUGUAUAUAACUAAUUUAAUGACUCAACUGCGGAAAUUAGAACCUAUUCAAAUUCAGGAACCCGAAAUCAGCCCGAAUCAUAAUGUAUGUCCAAUCUUUGGAAGUGGUGAUCUUAAUGCUACCCAAUCGUGCUUAAAGGGAGUUUAUGGUAGAGCUUAUUUACCGAAUAUUCAAGAUCAAUAUUCUUCUAAAAGUCUGAAAAAAGUCACACCUGUACAAAAAUCAACCUUGAUUGAAACAUCUUUACCUAAACGAUCAUCUGAACGUAGUUUUUACAGUCAAGAAUUCUCUCCAAAUACUUUACAAGGAUCUCAAUUUAUUUUUGGACAGACCAAUUCUCAUAGCCGUCUCGUUAGAGAUUGUGACAGUCCAGAUAGUGUCAUAUCUUCAAGUUCACCUGAGUGCUGUUUAUAUGAGGAAUCUGAUUGUUGGUUCAGAGUUUUACCAGCUUUUGAUGAUAGUGAAUCUAACAAGAAAGAUGAUAGUCGAGCAUCUCCAGUAAUACCAUUGUUGAGACCAAUUCUUUUGAAGCCAAUAACAUCUUCAGCUCAGCCAGCAGUGAGUAAAGUCAAUGAUUCACCCGUCAGCAAGGUUUCCUCUUGUGAUCCUGAUACCGACUUGGAGAAAAAUAAGGAGAAUCUUGACAAAGAAGCUAUCGAGUCGAAUAAAAAGAAACAAAUCUCAAGAACACCUAUUGUGCCAUCCCCCGAUUCUCGAAAUAUUCCAGUGAUAUUAACAUUAUCUUCAAACGAUGAUGUUGAACAAAUUGUAUCUCGUGUUGCUGAUAUGCUCCAAAUCAAAAUCCCUCUUCAUUGGGAAGUUGUUGGCCGAACAUCAUCUCCUUGUCCCAAUGAUGAACAAUCGAUGGAAAAUUGCAAAGAUUCCAUAAACAAGCUAGAAGACGGUGAUAUGGAUAGUAUUCUUGAUGAGAAUAUGAAAUUCUGUCGUUUUUGUGAAGUUGUCGUCAUUAAUACUGGCUUCAAAAAGAAAUUAACUGAUUUCCCACCAUCAGCACGAGAAGAAUCUGACGAAGAAGAAAUAACUUUUUGUAGUACUAAUUGCUAUAUGAAGUUUGCUCUUUCACAUGGCUCUUCAUCUCAAUCUGAAAAUAAAGAAGCGGGCCCCGUUGUUGGACAUUGGGGUGACCAAUCAAUUAGUGAUGAACAGCUUAUCCAUGAAACACCGAUGGAUAUUUUGCCUCCGAUGAGUCCUAUGAUGGAAGAAGAUGAGAUCAAUGAAGGAGAAAGUCGAUCAGCUACUAUGUCACCCUCUCAACUUCCAUCUCUCACAGCAACUGAUAAAGAUGACAAACGAAGACAGUGGGUAGAAGACGAUAUUGCCAGGUCAUCAUCAGCUGAAUCCUCGACGCAAUCUAAACAAUGGUUUGGCACAAAGUAUAAACUUUGGAAAGCCAACUUGUUUGAGGAGCCCAAAAGACCUGAACCAGAAAAAUCAAGUGAAUUCUAUCCUCACAUCAGAACGAAUUUCGAUAUGUCUUAUCGACCCAGAGUAUUACCUCCAGACUCCCGCAAAUGUGUCCUUUGUCAAAUUGCCGGUGAUGGUAAAACUGAUGGAAGUGCUCGACUCCUUAAUAUGGAUGUCGGUAAAUGGGUUCAUCUUAAUUGUGUUUUAUGGUCACCUGAAGUAUAUGAAACUUGUGGAGGUUUUCUAUUCAAUGUGGAAGCAGCUUGUCGCCGAGGUUUAACAACUGAAUGUAUCCAUUGUCAUAGAGUGGGCGCUUCUUUGAAAUGUUUCAGGCCAAAAUGUACGAGCGUUUACCAUUUCCCUUGUGCUGUCAGUGAUAAGUGUAUGUUCUUCAAGGAUAAGUCCAUUUUUUGUCCUCAACAUAUACCUAAAGGUGUUAAGCAGAAAGAAAUGAUGGAAAGUUUCACUGUGCCUCGUCGAGUUCAUGUUCAACGUGAGGAAGACAAACAAAUGUCUCGUAUGAUACAUUCUGAUGGAUCGCAUUUGAUGCGAAUUGGAAGCCUUAUAUUUCUUAAUAUCGGCCAAUUGCUGCCUCACCAGCUAUCUGCUUUUCACAGUCCGACAAGUAUCUAUCCAGUCGGCUAUCGAAUUCAUAGAUUCUAUUGGAGCAUGAGAGAGUUGACCAAAAGGUGUAAAUAUAUUUGUACAAUUCAAGAAAAAGAUGGAAAACCUGAGUUCGUUGUUGAAAUUGAAGAAGAAGGAUAUGAAAAAGUUACUUACAGAGCUGAUUCACCUAAAUCUGUUUGGAAAGAUAUUUUAGACGCAAUUGUAAAAAUCAGAGAAGAAGCGGGGAUCAUCAAAGUUUUCACUGAAUUCAUAACAGGAGAAGAUCUUUUCGGCCUUUCAGAAGCCUCAGUCAGCCGUAUAUUGGAAUCAUUUCCCGGUGUAGAUAGUCUUAGUGAUUAUAAUUUUCGCCAUACUCGAUCAGACUUACUUGAAUUACCCUUACCAAUCAAUCCAACUGGCUGUGCCCGAACUGAACCAAGAUUAUUAGUUCCUUACAAACGUGUACACACACUACAAACACGAUCUGCAACUCGAUCAUCAUUGCAAUCAUCAUUAGCCUGCUGUGAAGAGCAAUCUCCUUAUAUUAAACAAUUUUUCCACUCUAAAUCACAACAGUACAAAAAGAUGAAAACUGACUGGAGACAGAUGGUUUAUUUAGCUCGAUCUCGAAUCGCUGGACUUGGCUUAUAUGCAGCUCGAGAUAUUGAAAAACAUACAAUGAUCAUAGAAUAUAUCGGCCAAUUGAUUAGAAAUGAAAUAGCUGAAAGAAAUGAAAGACUGUAUGAGACUCAAAAUCGUCGAGGUGUUUACAUGUUUAGACUGGACGAGAAUCGUGUUGUUGAUGCCACAUUAAGAGGAGGCUUGGCGAGAUACAUCAAUCACUCCUGCAAUCCUAACUGUGUUGCUGAAAUUGUACAAAUCGACAGGGAAAACAAAAUUCUUAUUAUUGCAAGCCGUAAAAUAUCUAGAGGCGAAGAGUUAACCUAUGAUUAUCGUUUUGACGUUGAAGAUGAUUCCUCUAAAAUACCUUGUCUUUGUGGAGCAUCAACUUGCCGUAAAUGGAUGAAUUAAAUUACCCAUUUUUGGCUUCUGUACAUAGUUAAAUGACAAAUUUGAAAAAAUGCGGAUAAUUUUCGUGAAAACAUACAUAAAGUACAUACCCUUACACCUACACACAAAUUACACCACAUCAAUUCAUACACAACCACACAAAGCAAAUGACAGAGUUAUAUUUGGACCUAUGCUGUUUAUAUUUUUCUCUCCUCCUUUUGUAAAAAAAUCGCGAUUAAUAUCUAAUUGUAAGCUAAAAUUUAUAAGAGAUUGUUAUGCAAUAUAUGCAUCUUAUACAUUGAC